CUCGUCCCGGCCAUUAUCAAGAGGAAAAAAUAAACAAAUUAAAUCGAAUUGGUUGAUGUAAGGACAAAAUGCGACGGGAUUUGUUCACGGUUGUCCAGCUUGGAGCCAGUUUUGCCUUCAUUUUUUCUGCUUUCAACUCGCAAGGAUUGAUUGAGGUAGCGGUGCUGCGCAAAAAGGCUGAGACAUCUCCGGACACAGGAAUCACUGCGAAUAGUGGAUAUUACAGUCUCUCAAUAAUCUACUUCUUCUUCACAUUUUUCAACAUCGUCAUCCCAUCAAUUGUGCAAAAACUUGGCGCAAAAUGGUCACAGAUUAUCGGAGCAAGUGGAUACCUGUUUUUCAUGCUCACAUUUUUGUAUUUGAAUGUGUGGCUGUUGUAUUUUGGAUCAGCAGUUCUUGGAGCCGGAGCAGCGUUGUUAUGGGCUGGAAACGGAUGUUAUCUCGUGGAAAUCUCGCGGAGAAACAAAAUGGAACGAAAUUCUGGAAUUAUGUGGGCAAUGUUGCAGUCUUCUUUGAUUACUGGAGGAAUUUUCCUCAUCUAUGUGCUCCGAUCUGGUGAUCUUUCCAACUCGUUCACUUUCAUCUACAUGGUCUUCUCAUCUGUCAUCGCAAUCGGGAUAGUCGUCUUGCUGUUUUUGCCGAACAACCCAGCGCAAUAUGGAUCACAAAACGAGGACAUUGAAAGCAGUGAAGAUCCCCUCAUUCUACCAGAAACUGAGAAUGACGUCACACUUCCAGCUUCAUCAGUUAGUGAGCAAUUAAGAAGCACAAUUGCACUGCUCCUGACUCCGAAUAUGCUGUGCUUGGCAGUUCUAUUUGUUUACAGUGGAUUAGAAAUGACUUUCUACACCGGUGUCUAUACAUCAUGCUUGUCUGCCACACUUCCAUUGAAAAUCUUCUCGGAUUUGGUGAUUCCUUACAACGCACUUUCCAUUGGAGCUGGACAAAUAGCCGGCGGAGUUGUCACCGGUCCACUAAUGAAGAUUCUAAGAAUGCGUAGCCAGCAUAUCAUCUACUUGGCAUUUGUUGGGCAUCUGACGUCAUUCAUCUUGGCCUACUUGUGCCUGCCUUACGAUUCGACAGUUCAUUCCACGGAUGCUUCAACAUACUUGGCACCUACACUCAAUCUCACUUUAAUUAUCUCCUUCCUUCUCGGAGUGUCGGAUGCGUUUUGGCAAACUCAAAUUUAUGUUACAAUCGGGCAGGUGUUUAAGGAGGAUCCAGUAAAUGCAUUUGCAAUUUUCAAAUUCUUCCAGUCAAUGGCGGCAUGUGUCUCAUUCUUCUACAGCUCCUUCUUGUUCCUUCCUUCACAGCUAUUGAUUCUCACAAUUGGAUGUGUUGCUUCGACAUUUUUCUUCCUGAAAGUCAGACUGGCAAUCCAAGUUCCGAUUGUGGAGCUAGUUCGAGACAGGGAAAUUUGAUCACGAACGUGCUUGUAAAUAUAAUAUUUUUCAAGUUAAAAUUAAACGGGGUAUUCUGGAAAGCAGAAAUAAAUGGUGUAUUUAUAU